CCUAAAGCGGUCGUGGUAGACAGUGUGUUAUGGCGCCCUUCCGACUUUAACCUCCCUUAAAGGCCGGUUAGUGUGACAGGAACAUCGAGAGAAACGUAUCCGAAAGGUUUAAGGAAGCGCCGUAGCACACUUCGAUGCGAUCGACCGACCAAAUAAUCUUGUAUCAGUGUAAUUUCGAGCGUGCAAAUCUUGUAAACCGGUACGGUUUCGAGUAGUUGAAAGAUUCUCGAGGGUUGAGUUCGAGUGCCGCGCUAAAAGUAAGAGAGAAAAGAAAGAAGUUGCUAGGGAAAAAGAUGCUGAGCAGCCGAACAAAACACUUGAUGCACUGUUGCUUGCUAUUCACGAUAAUCGUGUUGUUUGAGAUUUUUACGGGGGCUUUGAAAAUUUGGCCGGACGAAACGCUCGAAAUUAACCCCUGGGUUAGGUACGGAUACUUGUGGACGGUGGUGUUGUACUUGUUGAGACUGGUUACGUUCCUGCCGCUACCCCAAGUGCUGUUCAAUUUCGCCGGUUUAACGCUGUAUAAUGCGUUUCCGGACAAAGUGGUGCUAAAGGGCAGUCCAAUUUUGGCGCCAUUCAUUUGCAUCAGGGUGGUUACCAGAGGAGAUUAUCCCCAAUUGGUAAAGUCCAACGUUCUUAGAAAUAUGAACAAAUGUACCGAUGCCGGGAUGGAAAACUUUUUAUUAGAGGUAGUGACCGACAAAAAGAUCGGAUUGGACCAAAACAGAAGGGUUAGAGAAAUCGUCGUUCCUCCUAAUUACCGGACGAAAUCGGGUGCUCUUUUUAAGGCCCGGGCUCUUCAAUACUGUUUAGAAGACGACGUUAAUAUCCUCGCGGAAAACGAUUGGAUCGUUCAUUUAGACGAAGAAACCCUUCUUACAGAAAACUCGGUUAAAGGUAUCCUCAACUUUGUCAUGGAUGGUAAACACCAAUUCGGACAAGGUCUUAUUACUUAUGCCAACGAAGAAGUCGUCAAUUGGAUCACCACUUUGGCCGAUAGCUUUAGGGUCGCCGACGAUAUGGGAAAACUUCGUUUUCAAUUCAAUAUGUUUCACAAACCUUUGUUCAGUUGGAAAGGAUCUUUUGUUGUUACCCAGUUGGGAGCUGAAAAGAAAGUAUCCUUCGACAACGGUUUGGAUGGUUCCGUCGCGGAAGACUGUUUCUUCGCAAUGCGAGCGCUCGAUGAAGGUUACAGUUUCAACUUUAUCGAAGGCGAAAUGUGGGAAAAAAGUCCUUUUACACUUUGGGAUUUUGUCCAGCAACGAAAACGUUGGCUUCAAGGAAUAUUGUUGGUCGUCCAUUCGAAAGCGUUGCCCUUCAAGAAAAAAGUCUUACUGGCCAUCUCGUGUUACUCUUGGGUCACUCUACCUCUUUCAGCGUCCAACGUCGUUUUGGCAGCUUUGUGUCCGAUUCCGUGUCCCCCGUUUAUAGACAUUCUAUGCGCCUUUAUAGCCGCCGUUAAUAUUUAUAUGUACGUUUUUGGUGUAGUCAAAUCAUUCACUAUUUAUCGGUUCGGUUUGUUGAGGUUUCUUUUGUGCAUUGGUGGGGCGUUACUCACAAUGCCGUUUAAUGUUAUUAUUGAGAAUGUUGCGGUUAUUUGGGGAGUCAUUGGGAAGAAGCACAAAUUUUAUGUUGUAAACAAAAAUGUUCGACCCGCUGUAACCGUUUAGUUUAAUUUAAUAUAUUUUUAGUUAGUUUUAUUAAUUUUUAGGUUGAGAGGAACCAAAACGACUUAUAGGUUAUAUUUUGAGAAUUGAGGGCGGAGAAGAGGAUUACUUAAAAAUCUCGAUAUUAUGAAAAAAUAUUAAUUAAUGGUUUUAAUUUGUAUAUGAUGGGUUUGGUGGUGGUUUAAAUAUAAAAGGGAAAAUUGGGACCAAUUUUAUGGGAUCCUUUUUUUAAAAAUCCUUUUGAUUUCAAUUCAAAAAUUUCUUUAGUAUCUUUAAAUUAAUUUUAAGUUUAAAGAGUGUUUACUAAAGAAAUUUUAACACAUUAAUAAUUUUUUAUGAGAAUGAAAUCGCCAAACUUCUCAUAUAUUGAUUAUUUAUAACCUUACCUCUUCUCCUUAAGAAAAAAGUCACAUUGUACUCGUGUCUAUUGUACGAAGGGUGUUAAAAGAAUCACCUCUCAUAAAUAGAAAUCAAAUGGAUGUGACAAUAAAGCACAAAUCGUAAAAAAGCACAAGGACAACGAUGAUGGGUAUUAAAAAUAUUCUAAAUAGAGUUGAGAUGAUAUAAUUCGUACGUGAGAAGUGGUUAUAAUGUAAAAAGAAAAAUUAAUUUUAAAAGUAAUUUUUAAUUUUACAAAUAAGAACACUCGUCUUUACGUUUUUACGGAGUUUUAAAUUAAGUAAUACUUAAAUGGCGAAUUUAGAUCUCUGUUUUCCCUCCUUUUUCCCCUUCGCAUAGAACAAAUAAUUAUUAAUUCUUCUCAAAACUUUUUUUUUGGUUUCAACGAAUGUUGCCAAUUAUAUUUAUAUAAACGGAUUAUACACCGAUUGCCAACAUUAAAAAUAUGCCUCGUUGCAUUCCACGUUCCUGUAAUUAGCACCUUAAAAUCCUUAUUUAUUUUUUUCUAGAAUAUUCUCUUUAUUAAUUAUCCUUAAAUAUUUUUUAAGAUUAAGUACUACUUAUUAUCGCCUGUAAUUUGUACAUAGAUAAAAAUACAUUCAUUGUACGAUUUCGCUUAGGAAGACCAAACAAGAGAUAAAAGUGUUGAGGAACAAAUGGGUUUAUGUGUACUCAAACUGAAACGUUUGGGACCUCAUUAUGCCACGUUUUUUUUUUCAUUUUUUUAGUGCCAUUGUUAAUUGUUAAAUAUGUAUUCGUAUGUAUUUAUUACUAUAGCGAGAACAAAACAGUGACUGUAUCAUAAUAUUAUACCCGUGUAGAAGGACGUAAUUUAUUCGUGAUUAUAUUUUUUUGUACGUGUGUGUGUAUCGUGUCUUCGAUUUAAUUCUUUUUUGCGCGCCCAGUUUAAAGUUGUUGUGUAUAUUUUUGUAUUAUUAUCAUUUAUAUAUAUAUUUUUUUUGUUUUAAAAUGUCUUUCGUGAUUAUAUCAUUUUUUUUUCAGUUGGUAUACAGUAUUAGUUUUGGUAUACAGUAUUCCAUUCGCAAAUAAAUCAGUGUCUUGAAGUAA